AUGAAUCGCCACUCGCUAAGAAGCUUUUUGGCUCUCCUUCUAUUCAGUUUACUGCAUCAGUCGGCUUGCCAACAAACGUUUCAACAAAAACCCUGGCUUCGACGAGCUGCAAGACCCCAUUUCAGAACCACUCCCCAGCCAAGGAGCGGACGAACAACGUAUGGAGUCCCAAGAACAUCUGCAGGCCCAAGACAAACGACUCUUACAUCCCGCUAUCUUGAUUAUGACGAUUGGGCAACCGACAAGAAAGCACGGUUGUGGGAUGUCAAACUGAAUAACCGCCGACCAAACAGGUACUCAUGGACCUCCAAGAUUGUCUUUGCAAACGUGGCCAUGUAUGCCUUGCAAGUUUGGAAACCAUCCGUCACAAGCUUGGGAGUAAAACUUUCGGACCGGAUCUUGAGGGGAGAAGAACUCUAUAGACUUAUCAGCCCAGUCUUUCUUCAUGGAUCAGUCUACCAUCUCUUUACAAAUAUGUAUAGUCUACAAAGACUUGGUAAUUUCGCAGAGCAGAUGUUUGGUCCUGGACGAUUCUUAACGGGCUACUUGGCAGCUGGUGCAGCUGGUAAUUUGCUAUCCGCUAUAAAUUCGCCUAACCCAGCUUUGGGUGCCUCUGGUGCUGUCUUUGGAGUCAUGGCUGGAUUUUGGGUGUUUCUGAAUCGCCACGAUUGGCUCUUGGGACAGCAAGGCGACGCAUUCUCCGGCGCCAUCAUGCAAACCUUUCUUAUGAACUUGGCGAUUGGAUAUUUCAAUCCAAUGGUGGACAAUUGGGGGCAUUUGGGUGGUGCUUUGGGAGGAGCUGCCAUGGCAUAUUACUUCGGACCACGUCUAUUCCUAACAGAAUUGCCAGAUGGAAAUCGAUCCAUAGUGGACAGACCAAUCAUACGACUUCCUAGGGCCAUUGAAUCAAUACCUGGAAGAACUGGAAAUAUGUUGACCAGGAUGACACGGAGAAUGCAAAUCUGGCGAUUCAAGGCAGACCUGCCAGCCAAGCCUUGGAGGCCAAAGCGCAAAAACGGUGCUCCGUUAGACUAUCAACGGCGCAUGAACACCCCAAAUCAGUCAAUCAGGCCAGAGGAUUAG